CCCUCUCGAUGAUGUCAUCAGUUGUAACACACACACAGUGGGCACAUCAGACUCAGGUCAAGGCUAUUCCUGCUCUUUCAACGUGCCAGAUCUAUCAUUAUGCGUGAGAUUGUUCAUCUACAGAUCGGACAGUGUGGGAAUCAGAUCGGCUCAAAGUUCUGGGAGGUGAUCAGUGAUGAACAUGGUAUUAACAGAGAAGGAGUGUAUGAGGGUGACAUGGACCUUCAGCUGGAGAGGGUCAAUGUUUACUUCAAUGAAGCACAUGGUGGUAAGUAUGUUCCAAGAGCCUUGUUAGUGGACCUGGAGCCGGGCACUAUGGACAGCGUGAGGGGCAGUCACAUAGGACAGCUCUUCAGACCGGAUAAUUUUAUACAUGGCAAUUCCGGAGCAGGCAAUAACUGGGCCAAAGGUCACUAUACUGAGGGCGCAGAACUCGUGGAGCAGGUUGUGGAUCGUGCUCGUAAUGAAGCCGAGGGCUGUGACUGCAUGCAGGGCUUCCAGUUCGUCCACUCUCUGGGCGGUGGCACUGGUUCGGGAAUGGGCACCCUGAUUAUCAAUAAGAUCCGAGAAGAGUAUCCUGACCGCAUUAUGAAUAGUUUCAGUGUAAUGCCCUCACCGAAGGUCUCCGAUACAGUAGUCGAGCCGUAUAACGCGACCCUAUCAAUCCACCAACUGAUUGAGAAUACAGAUGAGACGUUUUGUAUUGAUAAUGAAGCGCUGUAUGAUAUCUGCUUUCGCACUCUUAAGCUCACAACGCCAACUUAUGGAGAUCUCAACCACUUGGUAUCCCUCACAAUGAGCGGGGUCACGACCUCCCUUCGCUUCCCAGGUCAACUGAACGCUGACCUUCGGAAGCUGGCCGUCAAUAUGGUGCCCUUCCCACGCCUCCAUUUCUUCAUGCCAGGUUUUGCACCUCUCACUCCACGCGGUAGCCAACAAUACCGGGCCGUAACAGUGCCCGAGCUCACCCAGCAGAUGUUCGACGCCCGAAACAUGAUGACAGCGUGCGACCCACGUCGAGGACGCUAUCUGACAGUGGCGGGCGUUUUCCGCGGUCGCAUGUCCACUAAAGAGGUUGACGAGCAAAUGCUAGCCAUUCAGCAGAAGAACAGCAAUUACUUCGUAGACUGGAUCCCUCACAACGUCAAAGUGGCUGUUUGCGACAUCCCACCACGAGGCCUCAAAAUGGCCUCCACCUUCAUCGGAAACAACACUGCCAUCCAGGAGAUAUUCAAGCGUAUCGGAGAGCAGUUCGUGCUCAUGUUUCGACGCAAGGCCUUCCUGCACUGGUACACGGGGGAGGGCAUGGAUGAGCUGGAGUUCACUGAGGCCGAGAGCAACCUGAAUGAUUUGGUGUCCGAAUACCAGCAAUAUCAGGAUACCACCGCCGAUAUGGAUUAUGAUGCAGAAGAUGAAGAGGCAGAAGAGGAGGCUCUGUCAUCAACAGCACGCAGCACUCGAGUGGAGAUUGAGACUGAGGUGUUCACUGAAGUUUCUGUCACCGAAUGACUUGUGGGCUUUAGUGAAUAUGGCAAGAGUGGAUCUGAUUGUGUGAAGAGUGAGAAUAUUCAGUGGCCCCAAAAUAUUUAACACUUAAAAUACAGUUAAAACUUAUAUAUUUGAGUUAUACUGCAUUAGAAAAAAAUGUUUGGCUUGAAAGGUGUGCUUUUUUUAUGUAAUUUAAUGACAAUGUGCCUUAAGAGUUUAUAUACUAUUUGGAGCCACUAUUCAUAGCAAACUGUGAAAUAUUUCUGACCUCCAGGAGAAAAUGAUGAAUUACAUAAAUACAUAAUAAUAGGAUAUGUUCAAAAUUCAAACAUAAUUUUCUAAUCUGUCCAAUUAUAUAUAUUUUCAAAUGUUUGGGGUCAAUAUGUUUUUAAAAAGAGUCUCACCAAGGCUGCAUUUAUUUAAUUAAAAUACAGUAAAACAGUAAUAUUGUGAAUAUUAUUUAUAGUAUACAUUAUGAAAUGAUUUUAUUGCUAUAAAGAAAAUUGUUUCUUAUUAUCAAUGCUGAAAACAGCUUUCAGGAUUUGAUGAAUAGAAAGUUUAAAAGAACAGCAUUUAUUUGAAUGUAUAAAUAUUUUAUAAAUUGAAUGUAUCCUUAUAAAGUAAAAGUAUUCAUUCCUUUAAAGAAACAAUCUCACUGACCCCAAACGUUUGAACGGUAGUGUAUAGUUUAUUGUAAAGCUUAAUUUAUAUAAAGACAGGAAAAAUCUAUAUUGAUGUGUAACAUCACUGGAGCAAAACAAUUUCUAUAUGCUAUGUAAUAAUGGAUAUCUAUAGAUGUCUUGAGAAAAAAAACAGCGGGAAACAGAUAUUCCAAAAAAAAAAAAUAAACAUUCUGUGUGGUGUACUAGUCCUAUAUAGAGGCUUAAAUUCUUCUGUCAUUACUUGUUGUAAAUAAUGAAUUUUGUUAAUUUUGCUUAUCCUUUAAAAGCAUAAGAUGCUUAAUUAUUUUACCAAUAUAAACUGCAACUAUUUCAUUAUAAUGUGAUGUAUCUGCAUUGUGCUUGAGCAUUUACAGUGCAAAAAACCUUCAAGUAUUUACAAUGUAUGUAAUGCAACCAUCAGUUUUCUUGCAAAAUGUAUUAAAAUUAAAAUCUAUUCAUCUUAAAUCAUCA